UAUUUUUCUCUACUUCUUUCUCUGCUGCUACAAACUGAUACUUGAUUCAAAGAUGCAGAUCUUCGUGAAAACGGUGACGGGGAAGACAAUCACGCUGGAAGUCGAGAGCUCCGACACGAUUGAGAACGUGAAGGCGAAUAUUCAGGACAAGGAAGGCAUCUCGCCGGACCAACAGAGGUUGAUUUUCGCCGCAAAGCAGCUCGACGACGACUGGAUGCUCUCCGAUUAUAAUAUCCAGAAGGAAUCCACCCUCCACCUCGUCCUCUGGCUACGAGGCGGCGCCGCCACCACCACCACCACCACCACCGCCAGGUUCCAUUGAUUUCCUCUGUUUUUAGGCAUUGCAUUACAUUGCCAUAUGCAUGCAUAUAUAUAUAUAUAUAUGUAGGUUUAGAUCAAUGGUUUUCUAGUAGUUAGAUUUAAUAAUGCAUGGCCAUGCAAUUGCUAUGAUUUUUUUUAUUUUUUUUCCUUUUUGGGUUUAGGAGAACAAAAUGUUGACUGUGGCUUUCAUAUUUUCAUU